AUGAAGCUCCUGGCCUUACUCAGCCUGCUGGCCCUGAUGCUGCAGGAAGCAAGGACAGCAUCUCUCCCAAAGACGGAGAGGGAGAGGGAAGGAGACCAGCCGCACGGAGAAGGCGAUUCUUAUGCAGUUCUGCAACUGGGGGACUAUGUCCUGAGCCUAGACAACUACGAUCAAGUCAUUGACCUGAGCAACUAUGAUGAACUCACAGACUACAGGGACCAGCUCCCCAAGGUUAAAGGGACCAGCCUGGCUUCUCCAACCAGGACAAGUUUCACUCAGAGCACAAGGGCUCCAAGGACACCCCCUUCAAACCCCACAAUGGCCAGGCCUACGACGCGGGGCCUGCUGGUUUCCCUGACCAGCCAUGGCCUGCCAACCUGUCUGAUCUGCGUGUGCCUUGGUUCCUCUGUGUACUGUGAUGAUGCUGACCUAGAGAACAUCCCUCCUCUUCCCCAGACAACCGCUUACCUGUACGCCCGCUUCAACCGCAUCCGUCAUAUUCGGGCUGGAGACUUCAAAGGGCUGACAAAACUGAAGAGGAUUGACCUCUCUAGCAAUUUCAUCUCCUCCAUCGAUGACGAUGCCCUCCUCCUGCUGCCUGCUCUGCAGGAUCUGAUCCUCCCUGAGAACAAGCUGGCAGCACUACCUGUGCUGCCCACUGGCAUUGAGGUCCUGGACAUCCGCCUGAACCAGCUCCAGAGCUCAGGGAUACAGCCUGAAGCCUUCAGGGCGCUGGAGAAGCUGCAGUUCCUCUACCUGGCCGAUAACCUGCUGGACUCCAUCCCCAGGUCCCUGCCCCUAAGCCUGCGCUCACUACACCUGCAGAAUAACAUGAUAGAGACCAUGCAGAGGGACACCUUCUGUGACCCUGAGAGGCACAAGCACACGCGGAGGCAGCUGGAAGACAUCCGCCUGGACGGCAAUCCCAUCAACCUGAACCUCUUCCCCAGUGCCUACUUCUGCCUGCCUCGGCUCCCCACAGGCCGCUUCACCUAG